AUGGCCAAAUUAGCUAUCCUAGUUGGAUGCUGCUAUCCAGAUGAUCCUGACAGACUAGAAGGCUGCUAUAAUGAUGUGGAAACAAUGAAAGAACUGCUGACAACUAGGUGUGGGUUUCCGCCGAAGAAUGUGGUGGUUCUCACAGAUAAGCCUGACUCCCCUUUGCGACCCACAGGUGGUAUUAUAAGGAGCGCGAUUGAUUGGAUGAUUGAGCAAGCCAAGGCCGGUGAUGUUUUGUUGUUCUAUUUCGCCGGCCAUGGAAAGUUCGAUGAUUUCGGGAAGGGCUGGGGCUGCAUAAGAGAAGAAUUUAUUGUCCCAUGUGACAGGAAUCUCAUUUACAGUGAGUUGAAGAUAUAA